AUGGAAAAGGCCAAAGCAAAAGCAAAGUUUAACGUGGAGAAGGCCAAGGCCAAGCUCCAGGAGGUGCUGAACGCCGAGAGCGACAAUACUUGCCUGACGAACAGAAUUGCGACAACUCGCUACCCGGCUGGCGGCAGCGAUGUGACCAACACAGUCUCUCACACCCCGCUUGCUCCGAUGGAGCGUCGAGGCAGUCACACUGCUCAUUUACUGAGGAAACUCAACUCGAGAACAGCAUAUUAA